UAAAAAAAUUGGCAUUACAGUUAGAAAUUGAUUCUUUUCUGACACUAACAGAAAACAGGAUCAGCUGAAAAUGGAAUAAGAGUUUUCAAUUAUCAGUUGCUGCUUAUAAACCUUAUACUAUAUCUUCCAAGUUCACCGUACUUGAAUUUUGAAUAUUUGGAGCUAGGAAAACAAUAAAGUGAGCUAAGUUAUACCAAUUACAUGGCUACUCAAAUUGGUGGUUCACUUGUUUGUGGAGUUGCUAUUGAAGGGGUUGUGAAAAGAACAAAACUCAACAAUGAGGUUGGGAAGUGUAAUUUCCAUUUUAGAACAGCAACAGAAAGAAGGGCUUGGAAUUCCAUCGGGAUUCUUCACAAGAAAGUGGUUUCUUUUGACAAUUUUGUGAGGCACUGUGGUUUGGUUGCUAAUGAACCCAUUUCUGAUGUUGGGUUGAGUCAUUUUGAUGUGCAUAAUGAUGAUGAUGAUGAUAGUGCAUUAUCAGAAAAUGGCAUCUUGAUCAACAAGAAGAAUUUUGUGUUUGAUGGGGUAAAUUUAGAAAAUAAACCUAAAGUUCCAAGUGUACAAACUGAGCUUAUAAUGCUUUCUAUACCUGCAAUUGCUGGACAAGCAAUUGAGCCCUUAGCGCAAUUGAUGGAGACUGCUUACAUUGGCAGAUUGGGAGUAUUGGAGUUGGCAUCUGCUGGUGUUUCCAUGUCAAUUUUUAACAUAGUAUCAAAGGUUUUCAACAUUCCUCUCCUUAGUGUGGCAACUUCUUUUGUAGCAGAAGAAAUUGCAGCCAAUCCAAUCAAUAAUGAAGGUCCCCAUGAUCAAGCUAAAAGAAUGUUUCUACCAUCUGUUUCUACUUUGCAUCACAAACUUCUAAAUUCUUAUGUACAAUCCCUCUUCCUUAUCCUUGUUAUUUCAUUUUUUGGUCCAUUUCCAUUAUCUGAUGUUGCUGUCCUAAUGUUUUUCUGCAUAGGCUCACCAAUGCGGAUUCUAUCAGAGCGAUUUUUGUCGCUUAGAGCCAUCGGUGCUCCGGCCGUUGUCAUUUCUCUGGCCGUGCAAGGAAUAUUUAGGGGAUUUAAAGACACUAGGACCCCUGUACAAUGUUUAGGUUUUGGCAAUUUGGCUGCAGUGUUUUUGUUUCCUGUACUUAUUUAUAAUUUUAACAUGGGUGUGGCUGGAGCUGCCUUGUCCACUGUCAUAUCUCAGUACAUUGUGGCCACUUUGAUGAUAUGGAGUCUCAGUAAAAGGACUAAACUGUCAAUCCCAAAUAUUAGAAGCCUACCCUUUGGUGGAUACUUGAGAUCUGGUGGUUUUCUUCUUGGAAGAACUUUAGCUUCUGUAAUGACAAUAACUUUGAGCACAACAAUGGCUGCACGUCUCGGACCCUUAGCCACGGCAGCACAUCAGAUAUGUUUGCAAGUAUGGUUAUCUGUAUCACUUCUUGUAGAUGCACAGGGAGCAGCUGGUCAGGCUCUUGUUGCAAGUUUCUUGGCGAAGGGUGACUACAAUACUGUAAAAGAAGUAACUUACUUCGCUUUAAAGAUUGGAGUACUCACUGGAGUCAUGUUAGCUAUAAUUUUGGGUACCUCUUUUGGUUCUCUAGCAACCCUUUUCACUCAAGACAUUGAAGUCUUAGGUAUUGUUAAAUCUGGUCUACUGUUUGUCAGUGCUAGCCAACCUUUAACUGCUUUGGCUUAUAUUUUUGAUGGACUGCAUUAUGGAGUUUCAGACUUCUCCUUUGCUGCUUGUUCUAUGAUGUUAGUGGGUGCAAUCUCUUCUACAUUCUUACUUUUAGCUCCUUCAGUCAUUGGUAUACAAGGAAUCUGGUAUGGUUUAGCUCUUUUCAUGGGCCUCCGGACAAUUGCCGGAAUUAUGAGAUUAUUAUCAAAAGAUGGACCAUGGUGGUUCUUACAACUAGACAACCAUGAAUUGAAGGAGAAGAGGGUAAGAAAAGUAAAUGGCUAGAGAUGGUGGAUUUUCUGUUGGGCUUUGUAAUUAUGGAACUUUCUUUUUAUCGGCCACAAGAUCAUGCCUUUGUUAGAGAGUUUGGAAUUGUAAUUGCUAUUGUUAUUUAAUUGUAUUAUAAUUUUGGGAAUGGUUUAGAGUUAUUUUAAAAAUUUUAAUACAUUUAAUAUUUAAAGAUGUGUAUUCCANUUACAUUU